GGAUUCAUUAUGUUGAAAAUCUAAAUCAUUUUUAAUUUCGUACCCCGACUUUGCAAGGUUCCAGUCCGUAUUAUGUAAAACAGUUUUAGCGUGAUCGCUUCGCAGGGCAAGUGAAAAUGUCGACUGUGUUUUGGUGUCUCCUCCCAUGUUAGCGCUCGGACUGGUGCUUUGAGCCAGAUCCCGGAAGCAUCUCGGAACAGCGAGCCAAGGGAACAAGGGAAGGGAACCAAAAGGAAAAACCAUUUCGGACCAAGUCGAGCCGCCAAGGAAAGGAGGAAGAAAGUGGCAACUGCCGGAGGGGAGUGCGAGAAGAAAGAUGAGCUCUAAUGAAGCCCACUGGGAACCAUUGGCGGAGAUUUACCUUUCGUAUCCGACGGGAGGAGCAAGUGGAGCGGAAGUUGCAUUAGUCGGGGCAGGAGCUUCCAGCAAGGAGAAGAAAAAGUGCAUUUACUGUUUGUGCAGCCGUGUCUUCAUUAGGAACUACUACGAUGUUUAUGUGUCCACUCUGGAACGGGGCGAACCCAAUAUGUUGGAAGCAUCCGUAACGGACCAGCAACAGCAAGAAGGGGAACAGCAAAGCACGGAUGAGACCGAUUUAAAGACUGGAGAAGUAAAGGAGAACACCAUCGAGAUUGUGGAGGAAGUCGAGGACGAUGUGUUCAGUGAGGAACCGUUGAGGAAGCAGCUGAGCUUCGGGCGGAGUGUGGUCAAAUGGGACCGAGAUUGCGGUGCUAGUGAUGCAAGUUGUUACUUCAGUGCAAGUGCUUCACAUUCCGAUACCAACUACUGUAGCACCGACGAGCACGAGCAUAUCUUCCACGGGGCUGUGAUGGCUUACCACGGAUUGCACUCCAGCGAUAGCGGGGCGGACAUUUCGGAGAAGAAUUUCGAACGGAAGGAGGCCCGGAAUGACAAUUUUUUCGAUGGGGUCAAGGAAGCGCUGGUAGAUGAAUCGAAGAUAACUUCAAUGGUGCAUGCAGAACGAAAUAACAGUCUUCCUGAGGUAUUCGGAAGGGAAGAUUUGCAGGAGGCAUGGCAGUCCUACUGGAACAAGCACGGAGAAUCGAUCAUCUGGGCUUCGUGGAUCGAGAAAUACAGCGAUUACAUUAAUCCGGAGUAUUUGGACCAAGUUCCGCAGAAACCGCCACACCACGGGACAAACUGUAAUUCGCCACAUUCCAAGAGUGAGACCACACCGGACACGACCUACGAUGCUUCCAAGCACUUUUCCUUCGACACGAUGGAGGCCGAUCCGGACCCGAAAGCACCAACGGAGAUAAUCGUAACGACCAGUUCGCCCCACCCCUGCACCCGGAGCGAUGAGUGGAACGACAUCUGGACGACACAUCGCUCGGGAUCGGCGGAGAAUGAAGCCCUCCUCAGUCCCCGUUGCGACUCGGUUACUUCCAGCAUUCCACUGACCAUCGGAACAACGGAUUCGAUGACCAACGUGACACGCAUGACAAUCUCCAGCUAUGACUUCUGCAGCUCGAAGGUCAGCUCGGAAUCGUCCAAUAUGAGCGGAGGAUCCAGCUUGAGCGACCCGAUCUCUUCGGAGUCGGAAAGUUCCAACAGUUCCGACAUGCUGGAAACGGAGUGUCUGGUUGGGCAUCGAGGAGGUGUUCCUGUCGGAAGCGCCCCUGGGGAGGAUGGUGGCGAAUCGUCGACCAUGCACGAGGACGAAGCUGCCAUGGAUGGGGAACAGUACUGGCAGAUCCUAUGGCAGAAGCACUUUCAGGAGCUGUACGCCACGCACUACAGCACGUUCAUGGCGGAGAAAGAUGACGAGCACGUCGGGGGAGAUGGGCGAAACAAGCUGCAUAAACGGAAGCGCAACAGUAGCAGCGGUUCCGGGAUGAUGAACAAAUCGGCAGUCAACGAACAUCUUCCAGAAAUGGUCGCACAACUGAAGCUGGAUGUGGCUUCCCCCAAGAAACAAGGUCCAUCCCAGGCCCAACUGGACGGGGAAUCCGAUCAACAGAAAAGCUCCAAUAACACCAACAAAGACCAGAAGGACGCGACCCCACCGGAGCACACAGUCGAGGACAUUUCCAGCGCCCUGGAAGCAUACGGCCUACCGACAUCGUUCGGUAAAUCCACCAAAAAGACCACCGGCCGCGGCGAUGACGAAGAUGACCCACCGGAAGAUCGGCCGGUCAAUCUGAAGCGAAGCCACGAAAGUGACACCGAGGAAACACCAAACGACCGGCUGAAGGCCGCCUUCGAACUGAUGGGUUACGCCUUUUCCGAUCCGGCUAACAAAAGCGACUCGGCCGAUUCGAUCAUCAACAUCACCGGCGAGGUGGUCUACCGGAAGAAGCACAUACGACUGCACAAUCGGGUGCUGAAGAUGAAGCACCACAAGCCGAAGCAUACGUACUUCGAUGACGAUGGAAACGAAAUUGCGCCGCCUGCGGGGUCGGAGAAGGAAGAAGCCGCUCCGGAGGCGCUGAUGCACACUUCCUCCGACGAUGACGAUCCGAGUGGGGCGGCUGUGCCGUCCAGGAGCGUAUCGUCCAGUGUCCGUUCCAGUACUAUUUUGGAGUACAGUCAGCUACAGAACAAGGAAUCGGAAUCGCAGGAAGAGGACGAGGGUCCGAAGGGAGGGCAGGACGAAAAUGCACCUUCGGAAGAACCACUGGAUGAGAAUGUGGUUGUACCGCCUCCCGCCAAGAAGGAGAAAAAGAAGAAGCGCAAGCCGAAGUUCGUGGCCAGCCUCCCAGCAGAAAUCGCCAACGACAAGUCGCUCCUCAAGUACUGGUACAAGCGCUUCUCGCUCUUCUCGCUGUUCGACGCCGGCAUCAAGCUGGACCGGGAAAGUUGGUUCUCCGUGACGCCGGAAAAGGUGGCCUCGCACACGGCCGAACGUUGCCGCUCGGAUCUGAUCGUGGACGCCUUCUGUGGCUGCGGCGGCAAUUCCAUUCAGUUUGCCUUCACCUGCCAGAAGGUGAUCGCGAUCGACAUCGACCCGAAGAAGAUCGAGAUGGCCAAACAUAACGCGGCGGUUUAUGGGGUGGCCGAUCGGAUCGAGUUCAUCACCGGAAACUUCCUGCAGCUGGCGGACAAGUUACGAGCGGAUGUUAUUUUUCUGUCGCCGCCAUGGGGCGGUCCCAGCUACCUAAAGGACGAAGUGUACGAUCUGGAAACGUCGUUGAUUCCGGUCCCGGCGACGGAACUGAUGCGCAAAGCCCGCAUGGUAAGUCGGAAUGUGGCCAUGUACUUGCCGCGGAAUUCCAACACCCAGCAGCUGACCAUGCUGGCCGGACCGAACAACGCGGUCGAAAUCGAGCAGAACUUCCUCGAUCGGAAGCUGAUCGCACUGACCGCCUAUUACGGUGAUCUCCUGAACGAGUGAGUGAGUUAAGCAAGGGUGUGCUGUAAGGUAGAGCAAGCAACUAAUGAACAAUUUGGGGUGUUCCAAAAUUUCGCUUUGUCGGAAAACCUUUCGCUGAAUGAAUAUAAGACUAUUGCUUAUACACACUUAUCUAUAAGCUAAUUUUUACAUCCAACAGAUUGUCGAUCCAUAAGAAUUUCGUAGUAAAAACAAAUGUACAUAGUCUCGUGAUUAUAUGAAAUAUAAAAACAGAUUUUUACACGGUUUUUACGGUGUGAUUCCAGAACUAGUGAGUUCAGAACUAGUUGAAGCAUCCUUUAUGAGGUCCUAAGGUCAAAAUCUAUUCAAGCUCGAAUCAGAUGGCUCAUGGUCUUAAAGGUGUUUCCUCUAAAUGUCGUUUCUCAGAGUUCCCUCCAUACAAAAAUGUGUAUCCUUAGCUACCAUUUGAAGGCUGAGCCUCUUAAGUUGUCUGACAAAGUGAAAUUUCGGGACACCCUAAUGAACAUGCAAACACAGGCAGAUUUAAGCUUUUAGAAGGAUUUUUUGUGUUCAAUUUUUUUACAUAUAAACAGAUACUUAAGUAUAAACGGAAAAUCAGAACUAAAUAUCAGCUCGAUAGCAAUAGUCACCAGACGACAGAUUUUUAUUUUUAUUUUUUUAAAUCUAGCAGUAACAUGAAGAGGAAUUUAAAGAUGAUUUUAGCCGAAUUCUGUUUCGAUUUUUCAGUUAGCCAAUUUUUCAUCAGCGCAUUUAACGUAACUACCCAACUCCCGGUAGCGUUAACGAUUUACAACAGCAAAGCUACUUACUAUUAAUAUUUAACGACAAUCUCGUCUUACUUUUACGUUCAUAGGACUAAGUUAGACAGUUUAAAACUCUCAACUAGAACAUUCUCUUUAUGUUUCUUUUCCCAUAGCAAAUGAAUCGCAACAAGUUUUAUUAUUAAUUCUAGACUCUAGGUAAGAAAUCGCAACAUCAAAGCCCAGAUAGGAUUGAAAUUAUUAUUACGAAUAAUUAAGGCGGACGAUGAAAAUGGUCACCCACCCACUCGUAACCUGUGUCUCGCUCAGAUUGUGCAGAAAUAAAUGGAAAUCGUGUGGAUCAUGACAGCCGCA